AUGGAUCCAAGAUUUAGAGGACAAGAUGUGUUAUAUUGUGAGAUUUGUGAAACUGCUGAAGUCCAGCAUCUUUGUGAGAUUUAUCCUGUCUGUGUCGGAGAACAUAUUUCUGAUGGCUACGACAACCACAAAAUAGUCUCUUACGACUCCAAGAAAACAUCUCCAAAGUUUCCAGAUUGCAAGGCCCAUGACAACACUAGAUGUGAUAUGUAUUGUGAAGACUGUGACCUGCCAGUGUGUUUAAACUGUAUAGUCUCUGAAAAACACAAAAGACAUGGAUUCAAAAGUCUGUAUGAAGUAUUUAAGUCUAAACAAGAUUCUAUAGAAAGUGACUUGGAUAAAAUGAAAAACAUUAUAUUCCCUACCUAUGCUUUUAUUGAGGAGGACAUCAAAAACAUGAUGAAAUCUUUAAAGGAAGAAUAUGAAGAUAUAAUACAAGGAGUUGAGAAACAUGCUGAAGAACGACAUAGAGAGAUAAAUAUCGUCAGAGACAUCUUCAAAAUUCAAAUAAUUAAAAUGAGAGAUUCACAACUGCAAGCUUUAAAGGUCAAUUUACAAUACCUUGAGAAAAACAAUUUCAGAGAUAGGUGA